GACCAGAUGUGGCUGCCAGUGGUGAGGACCUGGCACCUCAAUGAGCGACACUAUGGGGGUCUGACUGGUCUCAAUAAAGCAGAAACUGCUGCUAAGCAUGGUGAGGCACAGGUAAAGAUCUGGAGGCGAUCUUAUGAUGUCCCACCACCGCCAAUGGAGCCUGACCAUCCCUUCUACAGCAACAUCAGUAAGGAUCGCAGGUAUGCAGACCUUACUGAGGACCAGCUGCCGUCCUGUGAGAGCCUGAAGGACACUAUUGCCAGAGCAUUGCCCUUCUGGAAUGAAGAGAUUGUCCCUCAGAUCAAAGAGGGGAAGAGAGUCCUGAUUGCGGCCCAUGGCAACAGCCUUCGGGGGAUCGUCAAGUAUCUGGAGGGUCUCUCAGAAGAGGCCAUCAUGGAGCUGAACCUGCCAACUGGCAUUCCCAUUGUCUAUGAAUUGGACAAGAACUUGAAGCCCGUUAAACCCAUGCAGUUCCUGGGAGAUGAAGAGACUGCAUACUAUUCUUAUCCUGCUUCGUAUACAGUACAUUCCUGUACCAAAGAUGCCAGAGAGUAG